AUGUCCGGAUAUACACAAACCAAACUACCGCAAGUGCAAGUCUUGGAAAGAGACAACUCUCCCAGGCAGCAUAUUACGAUCGAUAUCCCCGAGCCCACAUACCAACAGCCAAGUCAGAGAAGCCCGGUUUUGGGAACAGCCCUCCAGGAUAUCGACCUGGAAAGAGGGAAUGGUUUUGAGCCUCUUACCAUGAACGAAGCCAAAUUGGCCCCGAAGAAGAAGAGAUAUAUCUUUGGAAUUCCCGACAAUCCCUUUGAGGACUCAGAGUCGGACAAUGAAUGGAUGCGGCACAUCGAUGAAGACGAGGCAAAGCCAGAAACCAACAAUUUUCAACAAGCGUCUGAGCAGCGCCGCAUUAUUUGCUGUCAUAAUACUUCGGGACUCACCCGGAAGAGAUCAUCUGUAUCAUGCACUGAGCUCAGCAUUGUUAUAGUUAUCAUGGUUGUGGCAGGACUCAUUAUUCUUCUACCGAAUUUGCUCGGGAGAGCCAAAUAA